GCCUGCCUGAAAUUUGCUGCUGACUGAGCAUUUUCGUUUGGGUUUGCUGCUCUAUUAAUUCUCUCCUGCUACCGUUUGAAUUCUUCUCUACACGCUUUUGUACCAAGCAUUCUGAGAUCUUUCCACACCACAUUCACACACACAACUCAGUGCGUGCAAGUGUUUAUAUUGAGAGCUCAUUAAGAAGCCUACCUACCCCCACUUUUUUAUGGACCGAUCACGUUCUAGCAACUCUCAGAAAGUAAAAAGGACCACUCUUGCUAGCUCUCCCCAUAAACCCUCUUUAUCAGACACAGACACCGCAGCAACCACCAGCCCUUGCCAUUCCAGCAAGGAUCUUCGAAAGCAACCUAGCACCAGUUCCUCGUCAAACUUGAUUUCAGACCAAAGCACGUCAGCCAGUAACUCCACACGCAAGCGGAAUAGAACCACCAACUCUAAUUCUAGUAGAAAAUUACCACGAACCGAACUCACUGCUCGUAAGCGACAACUUUCCCCCAAGAAGAAGGCGAACCAAAAAGGCAAAGACGCAGUCCAGAGUACUGUUAUGUCUGGCAAUAAACGUGGACAUAGACAAACUAGUAAAAAAUACAUGUCCUCCAACGACGAUGACAUUCUUUUAGAUGUCAAAACCAAAGGCAAGGCCAAGGCCAGCUCGUCAUCCAAUGGAACGGGGAAGAACAUUGAACGACGAGUGGGCAGAGCCGGAAGUCGUGCAGCCAAGAAACAAGCUGAUCCUAAAACACUGGAUGCUACCGAUGAACAAGAAGAGAGCAACAAUGACGCCAUCUCUCGGUUUACCAGCUUGUUCAGUCAUGCAGACAGUGACACCGUACAACAUGCAUUGGAGGAUGAAAAUUAUUCCGAAGACGAAGAUGGCGAUGUGCAUAUGCAUACCUUUGACGAUGCCGUUGAAGAAGAGUAUGACGACGACGAUGAUGAUCCAGAGGAGGAAGAUGAACACGUAGAGGACGACGAAGAAGAUGAUGAUGAUGAGGAGGAGGACGAGGAGGAUACCAAGGAUGAGUUUGACUUUACUGGUGCCGAAGGUGACAUGCCGGCUGAUAUGCGACGAUUCUUCGCCAGUAUGCGUUUGGCUGAACUGCUUUCUGUCAGCACGGAAGAUACUCUGGCUGGCAUUUUCAACUCCGAACCGUAUGUGAAAGAAUUAGUUCAUAUUCUCAAAGGCAGCGAGUCCAUGAUUGGCCACGACGACAUUGACGAUGCAACCUUGGCUGCCAUUAUGGCUAGUGGUGGAGAUUUUGGCGCUGGUAAUCCUGAAAUGAUGUUGUUGGCUUGUCGAUGUAUCUCCAACCUCAUCGAAGCCAUGCCAAGCGCUAUGGGCACUGUCGUCUACAGUGGUGCUGUGCCAGUCCUUUGCCAAAAGCUGAAAGAGAUUCAAUAUAUCGACUUGGCUGAGCAAGCCCUUAGUACCCUUGAAAAAAUAUCGGCAGAAUUUCCAAACGCUGUGGUUCGAGAAGGUGGAUUGAGCGCCUCCCUCAUGUAUAUAGAUUUCUUCAAUACCCAUGUACAAAGAACCGCCCUCACUAUCGCCGCCAAUUGUUGUCGCAAUAUUUCAUCGGAUGCCUUUGCACAGGUACAGGACAUUGUACCCAUUCUCACCAAUACCAUCACCUAUUCCGAUCAACGAGUGGUAGAGCAAUCAUGUCUUUGCUGGCUUCGACUGGCCAAGAGUUUCAAGAACCAAAGGGAAUCGUUGGAAGCCAUAGUUUCAGAAGACUUGCUAAAAACCAUGGUCGGAUUUAUUGCUGGAUCGGGGUCGUCCAACUCCAUUGGCCCACAAGUGUUUAGCAGUCUGAUGCAAUUCCUCAGCAUUGUUGCUAAAAGCUCACCCACCUUACGCAUCAAACUUCUUAGCGAGAAUAUCAUUGAUAUUUUAUUCCACAUUCUCACCGGUGGUGUCGCCCCGCCUACGGAAGACCUUCAGUCCACUAUUGUCGUCUCCUCCAUUGCGCCCAAAUCCAACAAUGCUAUCUUUGAGAUCUUGGAUAUUCUGGUAGGAUUGUUACCUGACCUACCUACGGAUGGCAUUUUCAGCACCAAACCUCAAGCACUACUCAAGCCCGAUGGCACGCCAGUAGAGGCACCCAUCGCUAGCAGAACCCGAUCAUCCCAUAGUCGGACCAAUAGUGAUGAAGUUACUGUGGAUGAAUCAACCGCAUUAUGGAGGGAACGACCUCAUAUUGCUGAACGUAUAUGUCAGAUUAUGGUCCCUACUAUGUUUGAAGUGUAUUCUUCUACCGUUAACCUACAAAUUCGACAAGUCGUCAUGACCAUGUUGCUGAAAAUCAUCUACUUUUCCGAUACCCAAGUCCUUGAGCGUGUUCUCAUUACCAUUCCUUUGGCUGGAUUUAUCGCUGGUGUGUUGGCGCAAAAGGAGCAUUCAUCCUUGGUUGUUACCGCCCUGCAAUUGGCUGACCUCCUGUUGACUAAAUUACCUUCGCUGUAUACAUCGCAUUUCGAAACCGAAGGUGUUAUUUUUGAAAUCCGUCGUUUGGCCAGCUCGUGUGAUGACAAACAAGCCAGUUCAGAAGAAACCAAGGCAUCGUCGUCCUCUACCAGUUCAGAAAAACCACCCACCACCGCGGAGGAAGAGGUCCAAGACUCUAGUCAAGCGUCUGCAGCUGACAAGUUAGAAUCCGAAUUGCAGGCUAUCUUUGGCGACCGGGAAUUAGAUGUCUCCUUCACUUCGGGGAUGCGUCUAUUUGAUCGUCUCAAGAAAUCAUCGACCUCGGGCAAUAAGAGUCAAGGAGACACGCAAGAAUGGCUCAGUGUAACUGCGCAAAACUUUCUCAUCCUGUACUCUAAUACCACCAAGAUUAGCGAAGCAUCUCACACUGAGGGUACCGACCAUUUGAAACAUGUAGCGGAAUGUCUCCAGGGCCGUAGCCAAGACAUGACGCCUAAAGCCGCUUUACAAGAGAUUGCCGCCAGGUACAGAUCUGGAUCAGGUAUCAGCUCUUUUGAGUUGAUGAACACAGGUUUGAUCGACGGCCUUUUAUCGUAUGUAACCACAACUGGAACCGAAGAUGCUGAGCUCAACUAUCGACACCACAUGUUCAUGCAUGUUUUCAUGGGUGGACCUGAUCCUGACUCCAAAGACCAUGACCUUCAUGCUACCACCACCGAGGAAACGACCAAUGUUUUCCAUGUUCUUGUCAGCAAAUUGCAAGAUUCUUUGAACAGAUUGGAAUCCUUUGAAGUCGUCACCCCUUACCAAGGCCCUGUAGAUGAUAUGCGACGAAAUCCUACAGGCAUGUUGGCCAAACAAUUGAGGCUGAAGUUGACUGGAGAUGGAAGUGAUAUACCUAGAGCAUACCAGAAUCUAAUCGUGUCUGUGCAUGCUGUUGCCACGUUCAAAGCCAUUGAUGAAUACCUGCGACCAAGGAUAUCAAGAACUUCCCUGGAGUCUCGUGAUAAACUUCGAGCAGGGAUUUCUCGACGACAACGGAAGAACAAGGAGGCUGAUGCAACUGAGUCCACGACCUCGCAAGCUUCCGAAAAGCCAGAGGAAGCGUCCGACGCUGCGUCCAAAGAUGUUGCCGCUGAUGAAAAACAGGUACCGGCCAAUGACAGUGUCGAGUCCAGUGACGAUGUAACUGCAGGUGAGAUCGGAACCGACACACCGGUCAGCGAACGAACGGUGGAGAUGGAGAUCACAGAUGAAGGGGUGGCUACGAAGGAAGAUCGAUCAGCAACGUCAAGUGUAGCCUCUGAGAAACGAAGCAAACCAGAAUCGUAUUCAGCAGCCUUGAGUAUGAGCAGCAAAGACUGGCAUAUUGAAUUCGCCAUUGACGAUAUCCCCAUCACCGUUGACACCACCAUCUAUGGAGCCAUUCAUCAAUAUGAAAAACGGUUAGGGAACAGCCGUAACGUAUGGACCGCGACCUAUCCCAUUACCUACAAGAAAAUUGCUGGUGAAAGUCCGGCCAAGGACACCAAACCCGAGGUCAAUGAGACCAACGUAUCUCCGUUUGUAGUAUCGGACAUGCCAAGUGGUCAAGAUGAAUGCAGCAAGAUCCUACACCUUUUACGAGCGCUGGAUAGUAUCAAUGCUCGAUGGCCUGAAUUAUACAAUGGCGAUGCCGAUAUUCGUCGGUCCAAAUCCAGCAUCAAAACCCUGUUCAAGCAUGAUUUCCAUAACCGCAAACUCACAGCCAAGCUCAACCGACAGUUGGACGAACCAUUGAUCGUAGCGAGCUCCUGUCUACCGGAAUGGUGUUAUGAUUUGGCCAAAGGGUUCCCAUUCCUCUUCCCGUUUGAGACGCGGUACCUGUUCUUACAAAGCACGUCCUUUGGUUACUCUAGGUCGAUGAACCGUUGGAUGAACCAACAGGCUCGUGGCGGGUCACUGGAUACAAGACGAGAUGAAAAUCAGCCUUUCUUGGGUCGUAUUGACCGACAGAAAGUCCGUAUCUCUCGAUCGAGAAUGCUAGAGUCGGCCGUCAAAGUUCUCGAACUGUAUGGCAAAUCUCAAUCUGUUCUAGAAGUUGAAUAUUUCGAUGAAGAAGGCACUGGUUUAGGUCCUACAUUGGAAUUCUAUGCUAUCAUCUCCAAGCAGUUCUGUAAAAAGUCCAUUCAUAUGUGGAGAGAUGAUGACGAUAAAGAUGGUAGCCAAUACGUAGGUGCCAAGCUUGGAUUAUUCCCUAGGCCAAUGUCGGCUACUGUGGCCAAUUCGGACAAAGGAAGAAAAAUCAUCAAUCUCUUCAAAGUCCUUGGUCAGUUCGUCAGCAAGGCCAUGCUGGACUCUCGCAACAUUGACAUUCCUUUCAAUCCUAUUUUCCUAGCCAAGAUCCUGGAUCCGGCUUACGCCACUGACAUAACCACCAUAAUGGAAAUUGAUGCUCCACUUGCCAAUUCGCUACUACAGCUACAGUCCUUUGUAAACCAAAAGCACGCCGUGUAUGCUACUGGACAAGCACCGUAUGAUACAGCGCUGGCUUCCAUUCAAGUACAAGGAGCUACCCUGGAUGACCUUUGCUUGGACUUCACUUUACCUGGAGACAGUGACAUGGAGCUCAAGGCCAACGGGUCCCAGAUUCCAGUGACGAUUCACAAUGUGGAUGAAUAUUUGGGUCUGGUGAUGGAAGCGGUGACUGGGUCUGGUAUUGCUCGUCAAGUGGAAGCCUUCCGAUCUGGGUUCGAUGGCGUGUUCCCUGUCAAUGACUUGCGGCUGUUUUCUCCCGAUGAAUUGGCAUCCUUAUUUGGAAAAACUGUCGAAGACUGGAGUUAUACAACGUUGGUUGACGCCAUCAAGGCGGACCACGGCUACAACAUGGAGAGCAAAUCCAUCAAGUCUUUGGUGGAAAUCAUGACGGAGUUCACCAUGGAAGAACGUCGAGAGUUCCUUCAGUUCAUCACCGGUAGUCCCAAGCUACCCAUUGGAGGUUGGAAGAAUCUUAACCCUAUGUUUACCAUUGUUCGCAAACCGCAUGAACCCCCUCUCACUUCCGACGACUACUUGCCCUCCGUCAUGACGUGCGUUAAUUAUCUCAAGCUGCCCGAUUACUCUGGCAAAGAUACCAUGCGCCAACGUCUAUUGACGUCCAUCACCGAAGGCAAGGGAAGCUUCCUCCUCUCGUAACCCUGUAUACACCGUUUUUCUUCCACCCAGGCAGCCAGCAUCCCCCCCUUUUACAACCACCUGGUUCAUUCGUUUCCAAGCUCCUUGUUUGAAAUAUUUUCCUCUUUGUCUUUUCUCAACAACCUGCUUUUUCGUCCUCCAGCAUGUAUAAUAGUGCACUUGGUCCUCUGAACGAUCAAACUAGAAAAUGAAAAAAAAUCCCGAAAAAAAAAAAAAUU